CUGAAAACAUCAAUGUUACGUUUUCAUAAACUUUUCGAAAAAGGAAAGUGUUCUGUGAUUGGAAUGGUACAUGUUGCUGCAUUACCUGGCACACCUCUAUACAGUCAUAAUACAAAAAAGAUUAUAGAUGAUGCAGUCAGAGAUGCUGCAAUAUACAGAGAUUACAAUGUUGAUGGUAUCUUAGUGGAAAAUAUGCAUGACAUUCCAUAUGUAAAAGCCAAAAACUUAUCUCCGGAAAUUACAGCAAUGAUGACCAGAGUGUGUACAGAAAUUAAAAGAAUAUUACCUGAAAAUAUACCAUGUGGUAUACAGAUUUUAGCAGGCUGUAACAAGGAAGCAAUUGCUGUAGCAAAAGCUGCAGACUUGCAGUUCAUCAGGGCAGAAGGGUUUGUCUUUUCUCAUAUUGCGGACGAGGGAUUCAUAGAUGCAUGUGCUGGUAGCUUGUUACGAUACAGAAAACAAGUUGAUGCCAAUGAUAUACUUGUUUUUGCUGACAUUAAAAAAAAACAUAGUUCACACGCUGUCACUUCUGAUGUCAGCUUAUCAGAAACAGUGAAAGCAGCAGAAUUUUUCUUAGCUGAUGGAAUAAUACUGACAGGAACUGCCACUGGUAAUCCGGCUAGUACAACAGAACUUAAAGAGAUUAAAAAGACUGCCAAAGGCCCUAUACUUGUUGGAUCCGGUGUUACAAUAAACAAUAUAGAAAACUACGUAUCCUCUGAUGCAAUAAUCAUAGGAUCACACUUCAAAGUUAAUGGAGUUUGGAGCAAUGCGGUUGACCAAGAAAAAGUUAAGAAUUUUAUGUUGAAAAUGAAAUGCAUAUAA